AUGGUUCUGCAGAAAGAGGCAAAGGCGUGGUUUCAAGAGUGCUUUACUGAGUGGGAGAAGCUUUCAGGCUGAAUUCAAAGAAUCUUAUUGUAAUAAAAAUAAAAAUUCUGACAAAUUUCCAGGUACAUCCCACCGCGAGCGGCAGCUGAAGUUGAAACCUGGGUUUGCGAGGAUUUGAAGGAAGUCCGCGGGGAGUUGCGCAAGCAAAACUGUCUGCUGGAUGUCCUCCACAACAAAGUUUGUUUUUGUUUCUCCUUGUUGCCAGCUUUCACCUUCCGCAAAAAGUGAGAGUUACUCAUGUAUUUAGCGUGAGAUAAUUCACGAGAACCGUCACUCCCUUCGAAUUUUUUUUUUCUUUGAAGGAACACCCUGGGGAAGGCAAAAAAUAAAUUUACGAGGUGAUUCUUCCCAACUAAUCCGUUUUCUGGAGCCGCUUAUGCUUUUUGCGGCGUCUGUUUGAGGUCAACUGAGCCAUGAAGGAAAAAUGGAUGUUCUUAGAAAAAAGGAGACAUUCAUUGUUUGGAAUCACUAAAAAACUUGGAAUUAUAAGUAAAGAUGAACAGCUUUAAAAAAAUCAUAUUUUCUCGUAUAAGUUGAAGGCCUAAAAAAAGUCGAGCAUAUUUCUAAAAAAAUUUUUAUUUUGAGCUUUUUCGUUUUAGACUCAAUAUUUUUAUAUAGUUUCUUCAUCAUUUUCUUAAGACGAAGCACACUGUCGAGGAACGUAAUUUAUGUGAAGAGCUUAUUCUGGAAGUAAGAAAGAAUGACGAAAAUGAAUUCGAAAAGAACUUCUGCGAGCUCUAUGUUAUUUUUCUAUACAUGCUCUUCGGAUCAUAACAUAACAAGAGAAGAAAAGGAAGCAGUAAACAAAGAACAAAAGACGGUUCCUGGACAUCUGUUUGAGGUCAACUAAGCUCUGGAGAGAGAAAAGAUAAUGCUUUUUCGACAAAAAAAAACAUUCAAAACUUCAAAAGAAACAUUAAGCCGAGAGAGGCCCAAAAAAUAAUUUUGACCAUCUUUUAAUAAUGGCUUUGACAAAACAAAAAAUGCCAAAAAGAGAAAAUGAAAAAAAGACAAACUGAAAGAAAAGUUUUUUGGAAAAACAGAAUGACGAAUUAGUUUCGAAAUAGACGGUUUUGAAAUAUCUUUUUCCAACACUAAAAAGAUUUGAAUGAACAGAGAAACGGAUCGUUGAUCAUGAAAGAAAGACUUAACAAAAGAUUUUCCCUGAAGAAUGUGGAAAUUGAUUAACUAGGCCACCAAGCGUGCAACGUCUUUUUUUUCGGACCGCUGAUUUUCCUGGCCUGGUCGCCGCACUUAUGAAAAAAGGCGAUUACCGUUCCCGAACAAACUGCGCGGUAAUUUGAAGAAGUUGAGCGAGAGAUGAAUCUGAGAUGAUAAGGGAGAGGUGGUUGGAAGUGUCGAAAGAGUGAGGCCGCCAGAUUUCGAUCAAAUUUCUAUGCCACGCCCACAAUUUGUUGUGGCCGCUGUCCAGACCGCACCUUUGGUCAGAUCUACGCGUAAUUCUCAGAAAAGAGACCUCGGAUUAUACGAUUUGCCACAAGAAAAUGAGGAGAUCUUUUUUGUGAUUUUACGGAGAAGUUUUAUGCGGAACAAACUUCCGAUUGGGUUAGUUUUAAAAAAAACCUCCAUUUUUUUAACGAAGAGAAGGGUUGGAAAUCUUGAUAUUUUACAUACUCUGGGGACUUAUUGAAGGCCGUUUUCCUAGACUUCAAUCUUAAUUUUUUUUUUUUUAACAAUCUCUCUUUGCUAUAGCGAUAUGAAACUUUCAGAAAUAGUCAUUAUCAUACAAAUGAGAAAAAUAGUGGGAAAGAGACUUGAUUGUGGCGAUCCACGGCGACACCCGCCGCUGUCGUUACGCAAUCACAUCAUUCAGACCGACAAAAACCGACUUCCCGUUGAUUUGAUGACUCUUUUCACACCACUUUUGAACUUGUUCCGUAGAAUCUACGAAAAAAAAGGAAAAAUAGUAUUGGAUCUAAUUUGAAUCAGUUUUCGUUGGCAUAUCGCCAACUUUUUUUCUUCCUUCUUUGCUGUGACAUUGAAAAUGAACGUCCUCGGCGGCCGUGAUGCGUGAACUCAUGAUUUCUUUGCGGCCCUUUUGUUGGAAGAUUCUAAUCCUUGCGGAGAAACGAACAAAUUUUUCGUUUCACCGGUGCCCAUUGGAUAUAAUUCUCCAAAACGAUUCAAAAUGGUGAUUCUGGAAGCUUUCAGAUCAGCGCGAGACAUCAGAAACGGCUCCCCACGAGAAGUCUAGACGAGCAGCUAUGGCAAGUUCAAUGCGCCAUCACUGUUCUGAAACGACGAGUAAAGGUGAUUUGAAUAAAGUAAUAUUCAUCUUUCGAAUCUAUUGCCUUUUCAGCAGUUUCCUGAGCCUCCGCCGGUCGCCUCGGUCACUCAAGUGGACCCUUGCUGUGCUGAGAUUUACGAGGAGAAGCAGUUGAUGGCGACACAAGGAAUGUUGAGGUAAAAGAGCUGAAAAUUUCUCAAAACUGUUUUUUUUUUCAAACGGCUUCAUUUUAAUCAUAAAAUUUUUAGUUCAAAAAAAAGUUGUUGAAAAGUCAUCAUUGUUAACGUCACUCAUACUCCAUGAGAUAUUGAAUCAAGUUCAAAUUUUCAUUUAAAAAAGUGCGAAUAGCAUAUAGGCAUAUUUUUUAAAGUUUCAACAAAGUAUGAAACGAAGUUCUGCCCCCGAGAUUAGAAAAGUUCUUAUGAAGUAGAAGUUUUUGAAAAUUUCUUCAUCAGGGAAGACCUUGUGGAUGAACAGCGUCGGAUCGCUCUGCUGUGCUGGAAACUUCGCGAGCUCGGCGUCGAAUCUCCGAGGGUCUUCGGCAUGGCGAGCCUCUGCAACUCGACCGACUCCGAAGAGGCCACGUCAUCUUCGACUUCGGCUGACGUCGAUGAGAACAGUCUUCUGAGUGCCGAGGAGCGUGAAUGGAAGGAACGUUGUCGUCUCGAAGAUGCCGCUCGUUCGGCCCUACUCGGCGAAAUCGUUCGUCUUCGCAACGAGUGCGCAGUUCUUCGUGCAAAGAUAGAGAUGACGUCACAGGGAGUUUCUACCGUCAAGUCAGCUACGACUCCAACCAAUCCCGCUGUUUUUGUUUCUAGAUUUUAGUUCUGUCAAUCAUUCUGUAUAUGAAAUGAGGUCUACAGAACAGGCUAAUGGGUCUGAAUUUUGAAUAGUUUUAGCUUGAAUGUUUCUCGUGAGAUUAACUCUGUGAUCAGUGCCUUGAUCUUGUGUUAGCUCAGAAUCUGUGCCUUAUUCUUCGAACGUGACAAAUUGAACUCUUUUUUCUGUUUCGGCUUGUUUCACUUCAAAUAUCCUGUCCUAUUCAAUCACUUUUGUUUCCUUAAUUUUGAUCUAGUCCCGGUUUUUAAUAGGUGACUAUGCAUAACCAUUUCAUUGGGUAGCAGACACGAAAGAACUGUGCGAGUUUUAUUUCAAUUUUUUGAAAUCAAUCCGUAAUCUCGAAUCUGCUUGAACGUUUUAGCUAUGGCAUGGAAUUUUUCCCUUUCUGUAAUUUUAUGUUUGAUUCUGUGCUUUGCCGGCGCGGCCGGAUCCAUCCAUGUGAAUAAAAUCUUUCUUUGUAAUAUUCAACUCUUUUUUUGAAUGAACGGCUUGUUCCAAGGUUUUAUUUUUGAUUGGUUCUUUUAUCCAGCUGAAUUUAAAAAAAAUGAAUUCAGUUAUGAGCGAGGAUUUGUUCAAAAAGCCGAAGAAAAAAGUGCAAGUUCGAAAGAGAAUUUUAGAAGAUGAAGGAGAAGGUUGGUAUUUUAGGGGAUUGAAGGAGUUGUAGUAAUUUUUCAGAUGAGGGAUCUCGGUUAGACGAUAUCAAAGAGCUGCAGAAGGCGCGUGAGAAGAAAAACGGCCUGACCGAACUCGAAUGUGCCGUCGGCAUUUCUAAAGUCUGUUUGUCAACUCAAAACUGAAAAAUCAAGCAACGAAGUUGAAAAAAUUUGGCGAGGAUAUAUUUCUAGAAAUUAAGUCGCAAAUUUUUCUACUCUCGAAAAAAGGGCUUUGAGGGCGCACCACCGUAAAGAAUUAUGGAAAAAGAGUUGAUCAAAACUUUUGUCCUUUUGACUGGAGAGAUUUUAUUGCCUGAUUGGUAAUGUAUUCCAAAUUAGGCAGCCGCUCUGGAGGACGGAAUUCAAAUGACAGGGGGUGGAAUGACUAUGACGCAAAAGAAAAAAGCGGCCAUGGAGGCGGCGAGCAUCGAAGCCGGGCUCAGGUUGAGCUUCUUCUGAUGAAUUCCCCAACAAACAUUCAUUUUUAAGGGAACAGUUCGAGAAAGAAACAAUGUUACGCGAUGAACACGAAGAGUUGCGGAAGUACAUCGACGAAGGCAUGAAGCAGGUCCGUGGCGACGGAAAAGCUCCGACGACGUCCAAGUCGGUUGCGCUCAGCUCCCUGACGCCUGAGGAAAGGGUAGGUCAAAGUGUCGUCAGAAUAUUAUUCUUGUAGGCCUCUUGUAAGAAAAAAAAAACAGAUACUAACCUAAACAACUUUGGUACAUAAACGGUGUUUAAAAAUUAUAAGGAAACAACUGAUAUCCCUCAACGUCAGGACGUAGAAAGUAUAAAAAUGUCAAAAAAAAAAUAUCUUGGAAAAUGAAGUUGGGUUUGCAGGAAUCAGAGAUGCUGCGACACGUGGCGAGCAAGCUGAAGAACCACCGGAGCGAGGCAUCGACGGAACUCCUUUCUGAGCACAUGUUGGCCGGAAUUCCAGAGGUCGACCUCGGAAUCAGCGCCCGCAUCACCAACAUCCUCGAGACGGAGAAGAAAAAGAAGUUCCUCAUGGAGAAGGCGAUCGCCGUGGCGGCCGGUCUGCCUCCGCCGGUUGAAGAGACCGAUGAGGUUGGUUAUUUCUCUCUUCUUAUUAUGAACAACUUUUUUUCCAGCCUCUCCAAAAGCGUCGACGUGGCUUCCAGCGACGAUAG